AGCAAAGAGUACAUCACACUUGAACUAUUUUCCUGCUUCUUUAAAACACUUGCUUUUGCUUGCAAAGAAACUCUGUCGGUAUCCAAGGAAUUAAAACAAGAGCAUAAAACUGUUUUGAGAUCAGGGGAAAACAAUUCACAAAAUUUGCUCCAAGUGAUAAAUCCAGUCGUUAUUCGUCUGAAUGAAGGCAAUCACAUAAAUGUCAUCGCAGAGCAUGGUCCCUUGAGCCCAAUACGCGGUUAA